AUGCAACGCGAGGAGAAUAAUGCAAGGACCGGCAUUUGUACCGCCGCUAGCAGCACCAUCACCACUACUAAUACCAACGGCAAGAACAAUAGCAAUCACAUCAAAGUUUUUUUGCGGCUCAAACCCAGCAAACGCCCCUCAUCCUACAUCAGCCUUGCUCCUCCUCAACUUGGCAAGGGUGAAAGCAUUCAAUCAACUGAUAAGGCGGGCACUGCCGACAUUUCCCCUCUUUCCACACGCUUGGCCUUCAAUAUACCUCAGGAUGUGGCGGUAUCGGGCUUUGUCAAUAACAACAAGACCCAGCAUCAUUUCACUUUUACGGGCAUCCUGGGCAUGGAAGUAUUGCAAGACGAAGUCUUUGCACACCUGGGCCGGGAGGUGGUUCUCAAUGCCAUGGAUGGAUAUAAUUCCACCAUCUUCGCCUAUGGGCAGACCGGCUCAGGGAAGACAUUUACCAUCACCGGCGGCCCGGAGAGGUAUGCCGACCGAGGACUCAUCCCUCGGACAUUACAGAUGCUCUUCCAAGAAAUACGCCGGCGGGGAUUCCACAGCGCAGGGGCCGGGACGGACGAGGAGGCAGCACCGGUCAUGUAUCAGGUGUGUGUAUCCUACCUGGAAAUUUACAACGAGAUGGGCUACGAUUUGCUGGGGGAAGAGAACCGGAAGGAGGAGGGACGGCAGGGAGAAAGCGGCGCGCUGAGGUUGCCUCGCGUGGUGCCAUUGGAAGACGAAGGUGGGCACUGCCAACUCCGAGGGCUUUCCGUGCACCCCGUGAGCACGGAGGAGGACGCGUUGAACCUGCUUUUUGUCGGCGACACAAACCGGGCCAUCGGGGAGACGGCCACGAACGAGGCGUCUUCCCGUUCCCAUUGCUUGUUCAUGCUCACCUUGGAGGGACGGAGGCCGGGGAAGGAGACGGUGCGGCGGAGCAAGUUGAACCUGGUGGAUUUGGCGGGCUCAGAACGGGUCCACAAAACGGGGGGAAACGGACUGGGAAGGGGGGGACAGACAUUACGGGAGGCCAAAUACAUCAAUCAGUCCCUCUUUUAUUUGGAGAACGUCAUUUUGGCUUUGUACGAGAAGCGUUCGCACGUGCCAUACCGGAACAGUUUGAUGACGUCCGUGUUGCGAGACAGUUUAGGGGGAAACUGCCGCACCGUGAUGGUGGCGACCGUGGCGACCGAACGGAGCCACACGGAAGAAUCCUUAUCCACUUGUCGGUUCGCCAUGCGCGUGGGCCAGAUUCGAAACGAUGCGAAACAGAACGAGGAUCUGGACCCUUUUCAGGUCAUCAAACGCCUUCAGACCCAACUGGUGGCCGCGCGGGCGGAGGCGGGAUGGACCGAGAAGGGCGGGAAGGAGGUUCCGCUGAGCGAAGAGGAAAAAGAUGCGGUGCGAGCCGCCUGUCACGAUUUCGUGAGUAGAUGUGAGCCAGGGUAUGAGGUAGGACAGGAGGAAGGAGGAGGAGGAGGUGGUGGUGGAAGGGGUGGAGAAGGUGGAGGAGAAGGAGGAGGAGAAGGACAAUUUCGAGAGCAAGGAGGAGGAGAAGGACGAGGGGGAAAGCAAGAAGGAGGAAAAUCAGGGGGUGGACCAGCGAGCAAAGACAUAGAAGGAGGAGAGGGCCCUGACUUGGGAUCUCCAUUGACGCUGGCCAAAGUCUUCUACGCCUUCCGGGUCUUGCGGAGAAUGGUGUGGGAGAAAAGGCCGACCAAAGAGGAGGGCGAGACGAGUGGAAGGUCGGAUCCGGCGCCAGGCGUACUCCCCUUGCCUGAUAGGGGAUUUGGACGAGGGGCCGGGGAAGGGGUUGAAGUCAGGGAGGAAAGGAUCCCCAUGACGCAGGCAUCGACCUCGGCCGCACCCUGUGUGCCAGACGCAGACACCGACGCCCUCCCUUUUCCCCCCUUCGAUGUCCUGGAUGAUUCCGUGGAGGCCUUGCGAUUUUUCCGGGAGCACUGUUACCGUCCGGAAUGCCGCGAGGCCCUGGAAGAGGACACGCGUUUGUUGAAAAGCAAAGUAAAAGCAGCCAAAACGCUGGGGAAUCAGGUUCAAAAAGCUCGUACAAGUGUCGCUUGCCUUCGCAAGGUCGCGGAGCAGCUCCGCCGCUGGAAGGAGGAGGAGGACGAGGCAGCGGGGGAGGGAGGGGAGGGGAGGGAGGAGACUUCUCGUCCUUUGGUGGCUGAAGAGGAAGCGAACGUUUUGCAGGAGCUCGAGCAGCAGAAGAGGGAGUACCAAAGCUCGUAUGAAAGUCUUCGUGACUUGAAAGCCGAGGUUGAGGGGAUCCAGCGGGCAAUGAAUGCUCAUCGGGCUCGGCUGCAGGCGGCUUUUGAGCCCUGGUUUGCCCAAGCCAAAGGGAGGAGGGAGGCGGAAGCCAGAAUGAUUCCGGAGGAAGGAGAAGGCACUCACGAAGAAAAGGCUGGCAGUCAGGGGACACGCACCUGCCCCGCGAAACUGCAUGAGAAGGGGGAGGACGGCGACGAUCUAGCUUGCUUGUCCAUCUCCAGGGUCCGGAAAUCCUCUGCAAGCCAGGCCCUGUCCCACCACGCUCACCACGGAGACCCCUCCCCAGAUCAUGCUGCCCGGGCGAACAGUGUUGAUGACGACAUCGCGGCCUUUUAUCGCGCCAAGGACGAGCUGCUCCGUCUACGGGAGGAGCACCAGGGUGUGCGUACAGAGGGGUGGUAG